AAAUUACAAUCCCUAAUUUUGUUUUGUCAUUGGCAAAAAUUACAAUCCCGAAUCCGUCGUAGGGGAAUAGGGAACUCCAACGACAAACCUCCAGAUCCCACGAUUCUCCCUCAUCCAUUGACUGGCGACUGGUAUCCUUGACUCUAGCCGGAACUUGAUAAUCGAAGCAAAGAUCGAGGCGGCGGCCGAGGAGAUAUGUCGACGAGAUCCAUCGCCCAUAGUUGCGCCCUCGCCACGUCACGGAAUAGGAUGUCACGGGGCUUGAAGCAGUUCAGCACGCGCCCCACCAGAGCAUCGAGGACCGUCAUCGAACCCCAUCGUUUCAUAGCUGGCAUAGCUGAACCCGUCCUCCGAGAAGUUGAAGAAUUCGUUCAGCACCGCGACUUCCUCGGAGAAGCUGCGGUGCGACGCCGGCUGGACACUAGGGAAGAUGAGCUUCUGCGUGUGUAUAGCACAUCGCGGAUGACGAGCGAGCCGACCAGAUCCAGAAUGGGUUCGACGGUGACGAGGAGCUUCAUGGUCCCGCAGGUCUCGAUGACGAGCUUCAGCGGGUAGAUGAAGAGGCUUGACUGAGGACGGUGUAAGGAUGCCAUGGAAUGUGCUUUCGCGAAUGGCGUAGUUGACGAUGAUAAGGAUGCGGCAUGUUUGAUUUAGAUUUAGGGUUUGGUUUGGGAUUUUGGGAUAAGAGGGAAUUUUUUUUAUUUUUAAUUUAAUUUUAAUUAAAUAAAAAAAUUAUUUAAUGACGUGACAUGCCACAUCAGUUAUUUUUGCUGAGUCACUAACAGAAUAGUGUUUGACUGUCAUAAUUAACGGCCAAAGAGAAUUUCGGGACAAAUCUGUCCUAUAAUUUAAGAAGUAGGCCAUAAAUAUCUUAUUUUUGAAAAAUGAGGUCAGGAAUGUCACUUACGCUAAAUUUCGGGCCAAACUAGGGUAUUAACCCUAAAAUAAAUGUAUUUAUAUGCU